AGGAAGGGCGAGCGAGCGGGUAAAAGGACUGGGCAUGCUCCGCGGCGGCGCAGGUUUUGGUCACAAGUAGGAAGAAGCCAGUGCACGACACCGGCAAAGAGAAGCGGGAGCUGCGGCACCGCGGUUGUGAGGUCCGUCGCCGCCUCCUCGGAGCAGGAGCGGGGCGGGAGCUCAAGCGGAAGAGGGACAAGGCUGCCGAGCCGAGAGCCGCCCAGCCUGCCCUCCUGUCCUUUGCCUCUGAGUCCGCGAGGUGCGCCGCCGGUACCCCUGGGUCGGUUACCUGGGCGGUGAGGACCCCGCGCCGGGGAGCCGGAACAGACCGGACCCUCCCUCUGCUGACUGCGGCCCGAGGGCGCCCCCCUCGGGCGGAGCAGCUCCCGCCGCCGCAACCUCCCGCGAGCCGCUAAGUGUCCAGCUCGCGCCCCGCGCCGGGAGCGUGCGGCCGCCGUCAGCCUCGAGGAGAAGGAGGAGGGGGCGGCCAUGGGGCUGCUGUCCCAAGGCUCGCCGCUGAGCUGGGAGGAGACCAAGCGCCACGCCGACCACGUGCGACGGCACGGGAUCCUCCAGUUCCUGCACAUCUACCACGCCGUCAAGGACCGGCACAAGGACGUGCUCAAGUGGGGCGAUGAGGUGGAAUACAUGUUGGUGUCUUUUGAUCAUGAAAAUAAAAAAGUCCAAUUGGUCCUGUCUGGAGAAGAAGUUCUUGAAACUCUCCAAGAAAAGGGGGAAAGGACAAACCCAAACCACCCCACGCUUUGGAGACCAGAGUAUGGGAGUUACAUGAUUGAAGGGACACCGGGACAGCCGUACGGAGGAACCAUGUCCGAGUUCAACACCGUCGAAGACAACAUGAGAAAACGCCGGGAGGAGGCGACUUCUGUAUUAAAAAAAAAUCAGGCUCUUUGCACAAUAACUUCAUUUCCCAGAUUAGGCUGUCCUGGGUUCACGCUGCCUGAGUUCAAACCCAACCCAGUCGAAGGAGGAGCUUCCAAGUCCCUCUUCUUUCCUGAUGAAGCAAUAAACAAGCACCCCCGCUUCAGCACCCUAACAAGAAAUAUCCGACAUAGGAGAGGAGAAAAGGUUGUCAUCAAUGUACCAAUAUUUAAGGAUAAGAACACACCAUCUCCAUUUAUAGAAACCUUUCCUGGUGAUGACGAGGCGGCAAAAGCUUCGAAGCCAGAUCAUAUCUACAUGGAUGCCAUGGGGUUUGGGAUGGGCAACUGCUGUCUUCAGGUAACGUUCCAAGCCUGCAGCAUAGCUGAGGCUAGAUACCUAUAUGAUCAGUUGGCCACCAUCUGCCCAAUUGUUAUGGCUUUGAGUGCUGCGUCUCCGUUUUACCGAGGCUAUGUGUCAGACAUUGAUUGUCGCUGGGGAGUGAUUUCUGCAUCUGUAGAUGAUAGAACUCGGGAGGAGAGAGGACUGGAGCCACUGAAGAACAAUAACUAUAGGAUUAGUAAAUCCCGAUAUGAUUCAAUAGACAGCUAUCUAUCUGAGUGUGGCGAGAAAUAUAAUGACAUCGACUUGACAAUAGAUAAAGAAAUCUACAAACAGCUGUUGCAGGAAGGCAUUGACCACCUCCUGGCCCAGCAUGUCGCUCACCUCUUUAUCAGAGACCCGCUGACGCUGUUCGCAGAGAAGAUACACCUGGACGAUGCCAAUGAGUCUGACCAUUUUGAGAAUAUUCAGUCCACAAAUUGGCAGACAAUGAGAUUUAAGCCUCCUCCUCCAAACUCAGAUAUUGGAUGGAGAGUAGAAUUCCGACCCAUGGAGGUUCAGUUAACAGACUUUGAGAACUCUGCGUAUGUGGUGUUCGUGGUGCUGCUCACCAGGGUGAUCCUCUCAUACAAACUGGAUUUUCUCAUUCCACUGUCAAAGGUUGAUGAGAACAUGAAAGUGGCACAGAAACGAGAUGCUGUACUACAGGGAAUGUUCUACUUCAGGAAAGAUAUUUGCAAAGGUGGCAACGCCAUGGUGGAUGGCCGGGGGAAGGCCCAGCCCAGCACGGAGCCGGCCGCAGAGGAGUACGCCCUGAUGAGCAUAGACACCAUCAUCAAUGGGAAGGAAGGUGUGUUUCCCGGGCUGAUCCCGAUUCUGAACUCCUACCUUGAAAACAUGGAAGUGGAUGUGGACACCAGAUGUAGUAUUCUGAACUACCUAAAGCUGAUUAAGAAGAGAGCAUCUGGAGAACUAAUGACAGUCGCCAGAUGGAUGAGGGAGUUUAUCGCAAACCACCCUGACUACAAGCACGACAGUGUAAUAACUGAUCAAAUGAACUACAGCCUUAUUUCAAAGUGCAAUCAGAUUGCAAAUGAAUUAUGCGAGUGCCCGGAGUUACUUGGACCAGCCUUCAGGAAAGUAAAGUACAGCGGAAGCAAAACCGGCUCCUCCAACUAGCCGUCUGCAGAGGGAGGUCACUGCUGUCCCACCGGGGAGCCCUGCAGUCCGCCGGCCGGUGCGGGCGAAGCCGGGCCGUAGGACCGUCCUGUCUCCCGGCCAGUCGGCCAGAGAUGGAUUUAGAGGCUACGUAGGUAAAUCUAGAGUUUAUACAGUGAACAUGUACAUAGUAAAGUAUUUUUAUGAUUAACAAUGUAUUUUAAUAACAUAUCUCAAGUCAUUGGGGACUGGCUUGUACAUUUUUCAGUUCUUACUCUGGAGCAACAACUGAGCAGUUUUGUAAAUGUGAUUUACUAGUAAUUGUACUGUAUCUGCAUUCCAGAGUUCAAAACAUUGUACAUUUUUUGUUUUGUUUUUUAAAGACUUCACCUGGGAACUGAUUCACUGAAAUUUAUCACUUUAUUUUAAAAAAGUUUGUCUUGUUAAUUUUCUUUGAGUCAUCUCCUUUAUUUUGUAUAUAAAAUCAGUGUCGAAUCCAUUGAAGGGCUUAAGGUGCCAGAAAGCCAAGGUUAUCCCUUAUCUGUUUCUUUUAUAAUCGGAAUAGCUAACCACUAAGUAAAAUCCAUUGAACUGAUGGCAGUUAUGAAAGGUACUUUCCUUCUUUAAAUGUGAUGACUCAGGCACUAAGUUUGAAGAGAACUCUGUAGGAAAGCAGGGGACUGUUACCCUGAGUUCCCGCGUAGUGGUUAUUGGGGGUGGUUUUCUUCCUGUGCAUAAUAUACAGAGUAUUGUCAAAAACAGCACCCGCUCUCCUGUUGUGGGCCCUGUCUAUUUAAAUUUGCAAAUGAGGUGCAGUUGCUGAAGCUUCUGUUUUGUUACUUUUUCUAGUUUUCAGUAAGCAUAUCGACAGACAUUCUUCUAAAAGCCAUUUGCUCUCGCUUUUACUCUACAUGCUGCUUAUGACCUUCUCUGUGAAACUCGUCAGUAAAUCAUGCACUAAGUUUUGUGAAUCAGGACCCUACAUGUUUAAUUGUAAAUAAUUUAAGUUUCACAUAAUUGUUAGAGCAUUUUGUUGAGGUUUUUUUCCCUCACUUAAAGUCUUACCUGCUUCAGAAAUAACUAUGUACAGUAGAUUAUGCAAACCUUAAUAGACAUCAAUAUUUAAACUGUAAUGCGAAUUUUAAGAGAAUGUGAUAAAGCUGCUUCCACUAAGCCUGUUUAUGUAAAAACUAGGGUUUGUGCUAUAUUUCAUACAUGCAUUUUGGAGAGUUAAAGAAUGCCUGUUUUUCAUUUGCAGUUUGCUUAUAAAUCAGGUUGUAAAAAGGCAGAUAAACUAAAAUGUUCAUGGUACAAGGAAAUAAAAGAAUGGAAUUAG